AGCCCGAACUGGGCGUUUCUUCGCUGCUACUUCUCGAAUAAAAAAAAGAAAAAGAAAAAGUUUUGCUGUUGAGCAAGUUUUCACCAACAGUGGUCAUCGCACGACGGAGACAGGAGAAACCUUCAGUAAGGUGAAGCUGCCUGUAACAACGGAGAAGCGUCAUGCUAAAGUGGAGCUAGCUAAAGUUAGCUGGAUUGCUGCGGGGGAUCCGAUGAUGGACGGUUUGUUUCCUUCAUGUUCAGUAGUUUAAUGCAGCAGCCAGUCCAGCAGUCUCCAAGUUUAAAGGACCAGACCUGGAUGUGAUGGACAAUCCGUCCUCAGUGAUCACACAAGUCAGCCGGGAUGAGGAGGGCAGUAAGGCAGAGAGGGGUUCGUCUCCCUCUCAGUCCUCCAAGAAGCCCCGGAGUGGAGGCCUCUUCUCCAGCCUUUUUUGCUGCCUCUGUCGGGACCAACCGGAGCCUCCGCCGGUCAACAACAACGCUCCUCUCCUGGUGGAAGAGAACGGAACCAUCUCCAAGAUCCAGGUGAAGCCGCUGCUGCCUCCAGUGAAGUCAAAAGACUCUGGGAAGCUCUGCGUGGUGAUAGAUCUGGAUGAGACGUUAGUUCACAGCUCUUUCAAGCCUGUGAACAACGCGGAUUUCAUCAUUCCUGUGGAAAUAGAUGGAACAGUACACCAGGUGUAUGUCCUGAAGCGGCCUCAUGUCGACGAGUUCCUGAAGAGGAUGGGAGAACUGUUUGAGUGCGUCCUGUUCACCGCCAGCUUAGCCAAGUAUGCAGACCCGGUCUCUGAUCUGCUGGAUAAGUGGGGAGCUUUUCGCUGCCGCCUUUUCCGAGAGUCCUGCGUCUUCCACCGAGGAAACUACGUCAAGGACCUGAGCCGUCUGGGUCGGGACCUGAACAAGGUGAUCAUCGUGGACAACUCUCCUGCCUCCUACAUCUUCCACCCCGACAACGCAGUGCCGGUGGCCACAUGGUUCGACGACAUGUCCGACACCGAGCUGCUGGACCUGAUCCCGUUCUUCGAGAGGCUGAGCAAAGUGGACAACGUCUACACGGUCCUGAAGCAGCAGGCGACGGCGAGCUAACGCCGCUCCGCUUUUCAUCUCAGCUCCGAUUAAAAACGGCGAACAGAACCAGAAAUGCACACAAAGCGGUGAGGCUCCAGCACCAGGGAUCACUGCCGACCAGAACUCUAGACUGCUUCACCGCUGAGCCUUCACCUCCCCGUCACAUCUGUCUGUCUGUCUGUCUGGAGGCUGCAACGCUGCCACCUCCUGGUCAAGCAGAACACUGGCCUCCAUGACCUACCAUGACCCAUGAAAGGAUUAAUGUUUAAUGACACUUCGGCAUUGUCAGGCGGAGUUGUGUAGCCGUGAAUCCUCUGGACGGGUACUGGACUUCUCAUGGAUUCAGGAACCGAUGCAGGAAUCAGGUGGACAGGAAUCUUUGGAAAUGAACUUGAUGAGUCAUUGAAAGAGCAGAUGGUGAACACGUACUGUAGGUGUGUUUAAAACAUUGUGGAGCAGCGUCAUCUUGUAUUCACACUAUCUCUCAGCAGCACAUGUCCUGUUAGAGGUUUUAGAGGGAUGUGAUCAGGUGUUUCUGAGUAAUCAUCGCAGUGUUACGUAUGAAUCGGAUAUAAAAUAAGUCUCUUGUUCCAGCUGGGGCCGUAUUGUCAAGUAAAAUUAGGAUUUGUUGAAAACUGAUUGGACCCCGCACUUUAAAAGUACAUUCUGUAUUCGUAUUUCACUGCAACGUAUAAACUGAUUUUAGCACAAUGUGUAAACUUACCCAGCUUACAAAAUCAGCAUUUGGGAGUAAAUUGGUCCUUUAUUUUGAAAUUUUGGGUAAUUAUUUUUAGUACCAAAUGAAACAAGUGGAAAAUCUGUCGCAAAAAUCAGUGAAUGACCCAUAUUAAAGCAGCCUAUUUCCUCACACUAACGUCUUCACUCGCUGCUGUUGGAUUUUGAAAUUGCCACAAAAUGCCACUUUUAUUGUUUGGACCAGAGGACCAGGAUCGAUUCCUAAAACCACCUGGAUGUCAGUUAUCGUGAACAAUGCAUCAAAACUGCCUUUAUCGGUGUCUCAUCUGUUUAAGAACAUUGUAUGAUGCAAAAAAAAAAAAAAACAUAUUUAGGCUCGUCGGUUUGGUUCUAAUAAGCUUCAAUGUAUUUUUCUGUUUUUUCUGAAGCGGUACACAUCGGCAGGAAACAGUUUCAGGACUUUGAAAGCAAAACGUGGCUCAUUUAGUCCAGAUUUAAAGGAGGAAUCCACCCUGAAACACUUCAGCACUAUACAUAAGCAAUAUCAGUGAUGUAUCUUCUACUUCUGGGUCUUUUUAAUAAUUAUUAAUUCCAGUGCAGCUUCAGUAGAGUUUGAUCUAAACAAAAUCGAUAAAUGUCAAGUUCUUGGUAUGUUUUCAAAUAAUUGAUGAAUUCCUUCCUACAAGUAAAACCCAGCAGUUUGACAACUGUCCAGUCAAAGGCAUUCUGGGAGAUGUAGGAAACACCUGCAACAGUGUGUGAUGAUUUAUGGGUGGAGUUUUCCUUUUACAAUUCCGCUGAGAUUUUCUCUCCUACUUGUUUUUACUUGUGUAACAUUAGUUGGUUCAGUCAGGUUUCAGGAGCAACAUUUGCGUCGACAAUACCAAGCGUUGAGACUGAUGAAUGAAAACGGUUUGACGAAGAGCCUCAGUAGCGGCUCGUGAUGCGACUUGACCUUAGAUGGGGCAUUUUUCGAUGUUUAACAAAUCCAUGUCAAUCAAAUUAGCCUGUUCCUAUUCUAAAUAAUUACUUUUUAAAUUUCUUAUUUUGCCCAGGAGUGGUAAUCUUCUAUAAUAUUCACAGAAUGUUUUCCAAAGUGAAAACGUGUUUUUUUGCUGUUUUGGUGUGGUUGGUUACCUCUUAUGUUCAUAGGUAGAAUAUGGAUCACAAAUACCAGCAAAUGACUAAACAGAUAGUAUCUUACUGUUGUAGGCACAUAACAGGGUAAUUUAAUGGAAGCCAUGAUCACGUGUUUUCAUUUAGAUUUAAUACUCAUGCUGUUGGUGUUUGGAAUUGGUUGGCCAACAGGAGUAUUUAUAGGAACAUUCAGUCAUUCAUUUAAACCCAGUAUUGUGUCACUGUGGGGCCCAUUCGCUGAUACUGUACUUCUUACACAUUCAGUAGAUAUGUAUAUGUUGUUUUGCACAGUAAUAAAGCAAACAAAUUUCAUUAAUAUAUGAAAUAUUCAUGUUACUGUACUCAUGAUUCAAUAGAUGUAACCUAAUUUUUGACCUUUGUCGUUUUACCAUACCAAAUUAUGUAUGGACUGUAUGUUAUAAUGCCAUUUUUUUCCCGAUAAAUGCUAAAUUGAAAGAUG